AUUGCAAAGCCAAAAACCCUUGCGCAUUAAAAGCCACCACCACUCUCCCCGGCGCACGUUAUCCCAGCCAGCACUCUCCCCCCACGUGGCGCACCAUCUUAACCUCAACACCCCCCACCCCUUUCCAUUCCCUUCAACUAACUUUCGCUGAAACCCAAGCACAUUCGAAGGAAUUCGAUUCCGUCCCGAAAUGGGUAAUCGAAUUUCCAUCCAAAAGAAUCGAUGACGAUGAACAAUACACAUAUAUGUCUAUAUAGAUAUAGAUACAGAUAUAUACAUACGUCUAUAUGUAUAUACUUAUCUCACAGUUAAAUGUCUCAUCCUCCAACUUGUAAUCGCACAUCAACAACAACAACAACAGCAGCAGCAGCACUUGCUUCAGUAUCUGAUUCCGUCUCUCCACCGUCGAUUCCACUCUCCAUAACCGUCACAAGAUGUGUAUUUAAGUCGAAGAUGCGACUUCCGAAGAGACCAGUCUCCUUUUGCCUCUCUCUCUUCUCUCCUCUCGAGUUCUCCUCUUCUGUUUCUCUCUCUAAAACACUUCUCUGGUCUCAUUCCGCCAUUCUCACCUCUCAUCUCUGUUCAAGAAUUUCCGGUCAAUCUUCAACCAAGAGAAAAGGAUUUCACACCGGAGGAGCUGAUCAAUUGCAUGAAAGUUUAACAAUGGAGGGGAGUGGCGUAGAUGACAAAACAUUGAAGUUUCAGCGUACUACUUGCUGUGGUGGUUGUCAGGAUCCACGUAUAUGGUCAUCUCCUGAAGGGGGUAGUAAAAUUGAUAUAGGAAGACAGAUUUUCUGCAAUAGAUCUUUGAAUAUGAAGAAUAUUGUCGCUGUUGGGUUUGACAUGGAUUAUACCUUGGCACAAUACAAAUCUGAAACUUUCGAAUCUCUUGCAUACGAAGGCACAAUCAGAAAGCUAGUGUAUGAUUUGGGAUACCCUCGUGAGUUGUUGGAGUGGACGUUUGAUUGGAAUUACAUGGUCAGAGGUUUAGUUCUUGAUAAAAAGAGAGGGAACAUAUUGAAGAUGGAUCGACACAAGUAUGUGAAAGUAGCAUACCAUGGAUUUAAGGAGUUGUCAAAGGAAGAUAAAGUUGCAGCUUACGGAAAUACUUUGACACGAGAUUCUUUUGAUGAGCCUGAUUAUGCACUCAUUGAUACUCUUUUUUCAUUGGCUGAGGCAUACUUAUUUGGGCAACUAGUUGAUUUCAAGGACAAGAAUCCUGGAAAAGUUCCAGAAGGUGCAGACUACCCUCGUAUGUAUAAAGAUGUUCGAGCUGCAGUGGACUUGUGCCAUCGUGAUGGAACAUUGAAGCAGAUGGUUGCAAAAGAUCCUAAAAGGUACAUUAACGAGGAUACCUCAAUAGUUCCCAUGCUCAAAAUGCUCAGAGAUUCUGGUCGUUCAACAUUUCUUGUGACAAAUAGUCUUUGGGACUAUACAAAUAUAGUGAUGAAUUUUCUCUGUGGACCCCAAACUUUUGAUCGUAGCCUCGCUUCCAACUUCAAUUGGCUUCAAUAUUUUGACGUCGUCAUCACUGGCAGUGCAAAACCAAGUUUCUUCCAUGAUGAAAAUCGUGCCAUUCUUUUUGAGGUCGAACCUGAAUCUGGGAUGCUACUUAAUACUGAUAAUGGUACUCCUAUGCCUCAGGUGGGCAGUACUUUUUUUAGACCACCAGCAAAGAGCUUGAAGAAGACAUGUAGAAUUUUCCAGGGAGGCAGUGUUGGCCAUCUGCAUAAACUAUUGGCUAUUGAAUCGAGUUCACAGGUUCUUUAUGUCGGGGAUCACAUCUAUGGAGAUAUUUUACGCAGCAAAAAAGUUCUUGGCUGGCGAACAAUGCUUGUUGUUCCGGAGCUUGAGAGAGAGGUUCAACUCCUUUGGGAAUCAAGGGACUCUCGCAAGCAACUUCGAUUGUUGAGGAAUGAGCGUGAUCUCAUUGAAGACAAGAUACAUCAUCUGAAGUGGUCUCUCAAGUUUGAAGGUCUUGCAGUUGAUAAGAAGCAAAAGCUACAUUAUGAACUUGUCGAAUUGGAGUCUCAAAGGGAGCAAGUUCGUCAGAGUCAUCAACAGGCUCAACGAGAAUGUCAUCAAAAGUUCCACAAGGUCUGGGGACAACUUAUGAAGACUGGCUAUCAGAAUUCCCGCUUUGCACAUCAGGUGGAGAGAUUUGCCUGCCUCUAUACGAGCCAAGUGAGCAACCUGAGCCUAUAUUCACCGGACAAGUACUAUAGACCAAGUGAAGACUUCAUGCCCCAUGAAUUUGAAAUCUUUUCCCUGUGAAAAACUUAUUUUUUCACUCCAACAAUGAGAUGUUGCAACUCGAGGUAGUUACCAUAAAAUAGAAAAUGUGGGGAAAUUAGGGAAGCAUUAAUUUCAUUGUUAGGCUUAGAAGCAUAGAAGCCGAGCUUUUACCAAAGUUAUUCUGUUGUUUGUGUGGGUGUAGCGUUCUUGGAUAUGGUCUGGGGGUGGGGGUGAGACUUUACAGGCAAAUUAAAGGUGGAUUACUUGUCCAUGAAAAUUGUCCAAGUGUAAGACAGAUGUGUAACAUUUUACUUCAAAUGACAAGUUUUUUCUUCCUUCA